CCGCAGUAGCCCCUGCCAGGCGCAGUCGUGAUUGGGAGAACCCGCUCCGCAUCGCAGCUCCAGCUCCGGCAACACCAAGGGGAGCAGUCCAUAUAUUCUCAUCGCCGGUGGGCCACCAUUACUCACGCGCUACGGGGGCUGCAUCUGAGACAGUGGGGCAGCAACAGCAUUUAUUCGAGCCGUGAUGCAGCGCGCAGUCAUCGCGCUCCUCUGGAGCGGCCUCGCGUGCGCGGGCCUCGAGCCGAUCAUGGAGAACUGCCUCCAGCCGCGAACGAAACCAGAACAAUAUGUGGUCAUGCUCUCGGCCUUCGAGCAGAUGAACAAGAACAUCGCAGUCGUGGGGGAGGUCGCCGCGUGGGCGAAGAAACUGAAUCGCAUUUUCGUCGAGCCUACGUACUGCUACAGCCGCGUCGCGCCGCCCUUCGACUCCAUCGAAGCGGGCGGGUCGGUUCUGCAAAAGGAACUUGGGAACCAUGCCGACCGCUUGCGGGAGCUCAACCGCACCGACCUCUGGAAAUGUAGCAUAGCGAAGCAACGCCUGAGCUCCGUGCGCGACAUCGGAGACCUCUGCCGAAACGUUCCCACUAUUUCCCCGGCUACGUUCUUACAGCGGCUCGAAGCGAAACCUGCGCUGAAAGAGUCCUUGGCGGUCUUCUUCCAAGGCGCGCAUCUCAAGGAGGUCCUCGACGGGAGCCGAGGCAAAUCCAUAGUAUAUUUGGUGGGCCUCCACCGCCGGCUCGUAUCGAAUCAUGAUAUCGCGGACGGCAGAUGCAUCACGAAGACGUGCCACGGGCUCAAGGCAGGCCCGGCGCCUUCAUUAAUCAAGGUCGCCAGGAAGGCCGCGGACAAAGCUCGGCCGUACACGUGCGUCAACGUGCGCUCGGAGACGACGCUCACGGCCGCCUCGCUGCGCUGCCCCGCGCAAAUCUACGCCGCCACCGCACGAGCCAGGGCCGCGCUGCCCCCAUUAAGAAACGGCACCACUCUCGUCGUGUCGGAUUUGUAUUCGUCAACCUCGGGGACGUACACGGCCGGCGGCCGCCACGACCACCUUAAGGAAAUCCUACGAGCGCGUCUCGAAAAUCUCUUAUUCGGCGGCAGCCGAACUGCCGAAGCAACGCCGCGGCCGCUGAACGCGCGGAUGUGCGGCGCCGGGCAGCAGGCGCUGCUCGGGACGUCGUUCAAGCGCUUCUGCGUGUGGAGCGCCGUGCCGUUUCUGACGCGCGGGUUGCGCGGCUCGACCUAUUGAUUUCCGCACAGGUGGUGCAACGCGCGGGGGAACUGCACAGCGUGCGACCUCUGCUACCCUGCGCAGCCCGCGGGGCGCCGGCGCCUCGUGGCCGUCUCCGGGACCCGGAAGGGCCCCCUCGAGGCGCUCCUGCGGCGGGACGCCCCCGGCUCUGCGAAGGCGGCCAUGACAGAGCAGGUGCUCUGCGCCCUCGCGGACACCGUAGUCAUGUGCGCGAAGCAGGAGGGUUGUCCCUGUGGACGCGGCCUACGCAGCGGCUUCGUGAGCGCGAUCCGGGCGUACCGCGCGCAGCUUGGCGGUUCCGUGGCGACCGAUGCGGCGGGGGGGAUAUUUAGUUUCUGACACCCCGGGCCACGGGCGCGAAGUCGGGCUCGGUCCCCUAAUUUGUGAUUCGAGUUCCCAG